AUGGGUCGCUUGACUGGUCGACUGUUUGUUGGCUUUGUUUUAUGUCUCAUCUGCUUCAUCGCAUACUCGUCGCAGAUAUUUAUAAUAUGGCCUUGGUACGGCCGCGAGCUAUCCGUUGAGCUGCUCAGCCUAUUGGUUCCAUUCAAUACACUUGUCGGAAUGCUGCUAUGGAAUUACUACCUAUGCGUCGUAACAGACCCAGGUACAGCGCCCGAGCGAUGGCAACCAGACGUCCAGGAUAGUGACGGCUACGAGGUGAAGAAGCUCACAAGACGUCCGAGGUAUUGUCGGACAUGUGAAGCGUACAAGCCGCCACGGGCUCACCACUGCAAGCAGUGCAAGCGGUGUAUAUUGCGCAUGGAUCACCAUUGUCCGUGGGUAAACAACUGCGUCGGCCACUUCAACUAUGGCUACUUCAUCCGCUUUCUCUUUUAUGUCGACUUGGCAUGCUCAUAUCACUUCGCAAUGGUCACUCGGCGGGUAUACGUUGCCACUCAAACUUGGAUGAUCUUCAUCAUUCUUAAUUUCGCGACUUGCAUCCCUGUUUUACUAGCGGUGGGCUCGUUCAGCCUCUAUCACUUUUACGUCAUGUCAUGCAAUACCACGACGAUCGAAGGAUGGGAGAAAGAUAAAGUUGCAACACUUGUCCGCCAUGGCAAAAUUCAAGAGAUUAAGUUCCCAUAUAACCUCGGCAUCAAGCGUAACAUUUGCUCCGUGCUCGGAGACAGCCCUCUAUGGUGGUGCUGGCCGACCGUGCCUCCGGGCACAGGGCUCAAGUAUCAGCUUGCCGAAGGAGAUGACUCGACCGCCGAGGCAUGGCCUCCUGAGGAUCCUACCAAGGUCAACCAACUACCCGAACCCGAUCCCAACUAUCAAUUCAACCUCCCAUCAAGCCCCUGGACAUAUUCAAAUGGGUCUCUCAACCCGAAUUUACAGCCCUCCAAUGCGCAUCACCGGUCUACCUCUCGUCGCCGAUCGCGUGGCGUGGCAACACAUUCGCCUCUGCCACCAUACCAUCCAGAUUACCACGAGUCACAGGAUGAUCCGUCCUAUAUAUACGACCCCUCUAGCGAGGAGGAGGAUCUUGAUGAUACUCCGUUUGGAAGAGAGUUUGCGGGAGGAGCAGCACGCGUGCGCAGGGGUUCAGAGGGGUACGAAGUGAAAACGAUCGAUAGAGAGGCGAUGCUGCGGAUGAUGGUGGAUGAACGGAUUCAGGCGCCAGGAAGGUAUCAACAGUACGUUGCAGAGCAAUAUGGGGAUGACGAGGAAGGGAAGGAGAAUUUGGAGGACUUUGUACCUCUGGCGAAGACGGGACGUACCGAAGGGGUUAGAACGUGA